AUGUUGGCAAGCUCAUUGAGUUGCCUGGUCAAACGUUGCUUGCAAGAUUUUAUGUUGAACUCAGAAGUCAUUUUCAGCGGGAAGGAUAAGCCCAGGAUGUCUUCCACCUCACAAACAUCUCUGUCCUCUUCCAAUGUAGUGGAUCUUUCCUCUACGUUCAGUAAAAGGAACCAAGCAAAAUACCGCUUUCAUACAACAAACUCGUCUCACACUCAUUAUACUCCUUCUUCAAAGAAUACUACAGCAGACAAGAAGUUUGCGAUUGUUGCGGUAAUUGAAGGUCGUGGGAGCACGAAGGGUCAUAUUGGAUUAGCCAUCAUGGAUCUUCGGCAAGCUGACAUUGAAAUUAACGAAUUUAUCGACUCCUCGACAUAUUCGCGAUUGAAAAUGAAGUUGCUGAUCGCUGAGCCCGUAGAGAUUAUCAUAGCUGAGAGCUUCAACGACAAAUCGGCUAACGCAUUGAUGCUCGAGAUGAUCCACUCCUCGUUAUCAAGUGUCACCGUAACCAAUGUGCACCGAAGGUUUUUCAACCAGAUGCGUGGCGCUGAAUUGAUAUCUCAGCUUGCGAAUGCUGAAAUAUCGAAUUGCGAUGGUGUAGUUUUGCAGAAACAAUUUUGUACGCAAGCAGUUUGUGCUCUUGUCAGAUAUGUAGAACAUAUUCAGAAUAUUGUUUUUGCUGCCAACACACUGCGUUUUGUCUACCGGGAUAUUGAAAAACUUUGCAUGCUGGAUGUGGGAUCCUGGCAAAAUCUCGAAAUUGUGAACUCUUUUCCAAGAAAGGAACGUCGAUCGCUAUUGGCAGUCAUUGAUGAGACUCUAACUUCGGGCGGUGCACGAUUGCUUCGUUCCAACCUGCUGCAACCAUCGGCAGAUCGAGAAAUUAUAGAGCAGCGGCUGGAUGCAGUAGAAGAAUUAUUGGAGAACCCACACGUGAUCGAAAAACUACGCCAAGUGCUCAGCUCAUCUUAUGAUCUUGACCAUGUUUUCGAUGUCUUCAUUGAAUCUCCGACAGAGACUACCGUUCAAACCGCCAAUUUCAAUCUAACGCAGCUUUUGCGUUUGAAAAACGUCCUGAAUGUCGUUGAUCCAUUGCGACAAAUUAUAAAAAAUUUCAAGUGUGAACUCUUAAGUAAAGGAAGCGAGCUGCUCAGCGACAAACGAAUUGAUGUCAUCAGAAAGCUAUUGGAUGAUAGAUUCAGCUCCGAAAAUAUCGGAGGCACCAAAAAGAAUUCACUGAUUCAACAGCAUAGGAAGUGCUACGCUAUAAAGGAAGGAGUGUCUGUCAAUCUAGAUGUCGCCAGAAGAGCUUAUGAAGAAUUGGUUAGAGACGUCCAGAAACAAGAAAGUGAACUGACCACACAUCUUCCUGGACAAGACACUCGCUUGGCUUUCUCGAAGGCACGAGGAUUCCAUUAUGUAUGGGUAUGCAGUGAUGCAGGAACAGUUGAAAUACCAUCGGUGUUCAUCAAUGUUAUGCGGAAUCGCUCUUCUGUAACGUUUACGUCGAGGAAUUUACUGCGUUACAAUGAUAGAUUGGAGCAGUCAAUCUCCGAGGUCAUGAUUGCUACAAAUAUCGUCGUUGAGGAAGUUAUUAAAGAGAUCCGACCUUCCAUUGCCGUUCUUUAUCAUGCUAUGGACUGCCUUGCAACUACAGAUUUCCUUUGCAGCCUCGCUGUUUAUGCUUUCAAUAGAGAAUCAGUUCGACCGAAGUUUGGAGAGAGCAUCAUUCUCAGCGGAAGCAGACAUCCAUUAUUGGAUUACUCGAUGGGUGACCAAGUUGUUCCCAAUGAUGCGUAUCUCUCUCCAGAUUCGAGAGUCAUCAUUAUAACCGGACCAAACAUGACCGGUAAAACCACUUACCUCAAGCAAGUGUCCCAGCUAUGCAUACUAGCUCAAUGCGGCUCAUUCGUGCCUGCAAAAGUUGCAGUUCUUCCAGUAUUUCUCCGCAUAUUCUCAAGAGUUGGUCACAACGAUAAUUUGCUCAAGAAUCGUUCUGCUUUUGCCUUAGAAAUGGAGGAGAUUGCUCUGAUAUUGCAGUACUCAAACAAUCGUACAUUGCUAGUGAUUGACGAGUUAGCCAGAAGUACGUCAAUAGAGGAAGGCAUCAGCAUAUCUUAUGCAAUCAUUGAGAAGCUUAUAACCCUCGGGGCGUUCACUAUUUUCGCUACACAUUUUCUCGAUCUCGCUUGUAUGGAUACCAAAUAUUCACAAGUGGAGAAUUUCCACUUUCCUCCUCAAGUCACAUAUGUCGAUGGACAGGAGCAGUUGCGUCCGAUUCACAAAAUUCGGAAGGGUCCUUAUAAUGGUCCAUUAUACGGUCAGUCUGAAAACUUUGUUGGAUUAACAAUGGAUUCCAAUGCAUCACUUCGUAGGGCGCUUCUGAAAACUGCCCAAAAUUUGCGUCAAGUAGUCGCUUCCAGACAUCUGGCUGAAGAUGUUUCUGACAGACUCAAUCUCGAAGAGCUGACAAUGCUAUCGGAGUAG